AUGUAUCCCCGCGAACAGCAACCCCAGUCCCAGUCAUCUCGAAGUUCCUUUUCCGAUAAGGGAAUAGACAGCCAGGAUAGCGGGGAUGAUAUGGUCCCCGCAUUUGGGCUCACUGGAGCCGAGAGCAAGGCGGGAUCCAUACGCUCAGACGGUAAACGCGAGUUGAAGGAGAACGACUGCUACGAUAAGCUGGCUUACUGCUGGCCGAGAUGGAAGAAAUGGUCGUAUCUUGCGGCUAUAGCGUGCGUCCAAGUAUCCAUGAACUUCAACACCUCUGUUUUUCCCAAUGCCGUGAAGCCAUUGUCAGAGGCAUUCAAUAUCGGUGAGCAGGAGGCCCGAACGGGGCAGAUGAUUUACCUCAUCACCUAUUCCAUUGGGUGUGAAUUAUGGGCGCCUUGGAGUGAAGAAUUUGGUCGCUGGCCUAUCCUCCAGCUAUCCAUGUUUCUUAUCAAUAUAUGGCAAAUUCCAGCUGCCUUGGCGCCAAAUUGGGGCACCAUUGUUGUUGCUCGUGGAUUGGGUGGAAUCUCGACCGCUGGUGGUAGUGUCACCCUGGGUCUUAUCGCCGAUCUCUACGAAGCCGAAGACCAACAGUUUCCUCUGGCAUUUAUUGUCUUAUCAUCCUGUAUUGGAACAAGUAUCGGAGGAGUGAUAGGUGGACCAAUCGAGCGCUACCUCGACUGGCAAUGGUUCUUCUGGAUCAUGCUCAUCUUCGGCUUCACUGUCGAGGUAAUCCUUCUCUUCGUUCCCGAAAGCCGCUCGACAAUCAUCAUGGACCGCGAAGCCAAGCGCCGCCGCGAAUCCGGCGAAGACCCCAACAUCUACGGACCCAACGAGCUCAAAAACCCUCGCAUUUCCCUCAAAGAAGCCGGAAAGAUCUGGAUCCGUCCCUUCUACAUGUUCCUCCGCGAACCUAUCGUCCUAUGCCUCUCCCUCCUCUCCGGCUUCUCCGACUCCCUCAUCUUCACCUUCCUCGAAAGUUUCUCCAUUGUGUACGAGAAGGGCUGGGGCUUCGGUAUCCUCGGCCAAGCGUGGGCGGUUAUCCCAAUCAACAUCGGCUACGUGAUUGCCUAUUUCUCAUACUUCCCAUGGUUCUGGCGGGACCAGAAAAUUCGCGACGCGAAGGGAGACGAUGCACUACCUGCUGAGCGGAGACUCAAGUGGCUUCUUUAUCUAGCCUUGCUUGAACCGAUAGGAUUGUUCGGUUUCGCGUGGACGUCUCUCGGUCAAGAGUACGGUGUCCCAUGGAUUGCAUCCAUGAUCUUCUCUACCCUUGUCGGUAUCGCCAACUACGCUAUCUAUCUUUCCUCGGUUGAUUACAUGGUCGCUGCAUACGGUGUGUACUCUGCUUCUGCCACGGGCGGAAACGCCUUCUGUCGAGAUCUGUUGGCAGGUAUUGCGGCUAUGUAUACCACUCCGAUGUAUGAGAAUAUCGGAGACAAGUGGCAUGUUGAGUAUGCCACCACUAUCCUUGCUUGCCUUUCUUGCUUGGUGGUGCUUCCGAUUUACAUCUUCUACUGGAAGGGGCCGCAGAUUCGCGAGCGGAGCAAGUUUGCCCAGACGCUGGCGUCGGAUCGGAAGGCUAACCAGGGCCAUCGGGUUAGUAAGGAGGAUGCUGCACCCUAAGGAGACGAUAAGGUUCGCAGUUAGGUUUGAUGUCUAAGGCUGGAUGCCCUGACUUGUACAUUAUGCUGGCGUGAUGUGAUAUAGAAUUUGGAUUGAUGACUCUGUAUAUACGAA